AUGAGGGUUAGUGAUUUCGUCCAAGGGAGCGGGGAUUCAAAUGGGACAGAGAAGAGGCUUCUACUCAAGCCAGUUCAAAACUCCAGGGAGCGCCAAGUUGAGCUGGCCAGAAUAAAACCACCCCCUGCCUUAUUAGGUGGAUUACGUGGGCUCGGUCGCCCAUCUACCAAUAGAGAGCACAGAGAUUCACUAUCAGAAAGCACAGAGCCCCACGGACUGCCUAAUGGGCCACCGCAGGAGAUUCAUACUACAAACCCAAAUGAGGGGCCCGGAGACAUUUUUGAUACCGACCUUGAGGGUGUUGAUGAUUCUACUACUAUUAGCGUCUUACGAGACUCGGAAGUAGGGUCCAUUAUAGGGAACCGCUAUCCUACACAUGAAGAUACCAAUCGUCCAGGCACAGCUGUUACCCAGAAUCUUGCGGGUUAUAAGUCCAUUGCUGAAAGGAUUAAGGAGCUUGACUCUGACGAAGAGGAAGGCGCAGAAGGGAGAAACGAGCAUUAUAAAAUACAACAGGAACAAGAUGAAUUUAGAGAACAGGCAGAAGAAGACAGCCGAGAGCGUGGCUCUUCCUGGGAGGUCAACAAUGCCCAUUCCACGAGGGAAAUGCUAAGCUGGCAAAAGAUUGAAGCAAUCCUAAGAGAGGACAGUUCUUCGCCGAACAGGAAUGUGGAUGGAGGAGGGAUUUCUCAUACCAUGCCCCAACGUCCUCAUCAACCACCGAUUGGUAAAGACCACUAUCAAAACGAGGCCCCGGCGACAUCCCAACCCCCGCAAAAUAACCACUUUGAAGUUCCUAAAAUUACCCAUAGACCUGUAGCGCAGAGGCUAUCAACAAGAAAUAGGUUUGCAGCAAGGCCCCAUUUUGCUGCGCCUGACCCAUAUUCUGGUCAUGCCGAGGAACUGAACCACGAAGUUGAAGAUAAUUUGGUGGGCCAACAGGUACAACAUUCUGUUGAUGAUCAGUCGUCGGCUCAUAACCGCGGAGCUUUUGAUACGGCAACCGAUCUCAGCGCCGUGGACUACUCAGACGAUGAUGGGUUUGAAGAAAUGGCCCGUCACGAAGAACACGUCUCCCUGCAUUCGCCCCAUCUCUCCACAGUAUCAGCCGUUUCAUCCAAACGCCCUUACUCAAAUUUUAUAUCUGAUUACCCGCCUAAUAUUCUGGAAACGAAAGCAUACUCAAAUCUCCAGGCGGAAAGCUUUGACUAUAACCCAACUCCUGUGCAGCCACUGUUUCAGCAUGAUGCACAGCUAUCCCUCAAAGAUAAACUCCUCCGCAUGAAAAGUUUAACAGAUGACCAACGUCGCACAUUCUUUUCUUCCGUGACUCUGUCGGAGUGGGAAGAGUGUGGAGACCUGCUGGUUGACCAAUUUUGCCAAAUGUUGCAGAAAUCCAAAGAAGCACGCCAAACUAGACGGAAGUUUGCUGCUAUUUUUGAAGCAGAGAUUAAGAGACGUCAUGAUGCUGUUGAAGCUGAGGGAAACUCCAUCAAGGACCGCCUUGAAGACAUGAGAGCUGGAGGUAUGGGAGUUCUAAGGCGGCAAAUACCCUGA